AGAUGAGUUUUACGAUCAGUCAGAGUUCGAUGUUCGAUUGGGAAAGAUGAACCCUUUGGCCUUUGUGAGCUGGAUUUUAUUUUGCACGGGAGUUCAGGCGGCCUUUCAGGACUUUGUGAUAGGACCUGAGUCCCACCAAACUAACAAUGAGCUGGAGCUCGCGGAUGAGUCAUAUUUUGGAGAAGAUGCAGAGGAAGAUACGAUGGUCUCCUUCCAAGAUGUCGAGCACGAUGGCAUAGUGGAUACUGGAUUACUAUUGAAGGCUCUAAUGCAGCAAGCCAGGCGUUUGGGCAUUAGUUUAGAGGAUUUGGCCAACUUGCACUUAGCGGAGGAGGAAGAAGCCAUGAACCACGAGCUGGGCUGCUCAGCAGGGUCAGAAAUCUAUAGCUAUCGGGAAAGACCCACCUGGCGGGAUGUCCUUUUUAACUAACUCAAUAAAUCUCAUCACAGAAAGUGAUCAAAGCAGCUGGAAA